AAUAUUCUAUAUAUGAAUAGAAUAAUAUUCUUAUACACAAAUUAUGCAAGUAAUAAUUUGUUGUUCCAACUUUCCAAUAAUAUAUCCAGCCAAAAAAAUAAAAUAAAAUCAAACUAUACUUUUUUAUGUAAUAUUUUUUUAUUUCAUUAGCAUUAUCCAUUCUAGAAACGAUGUCUAAACGCACUUACUUGGAUGAAAAAAAAAGAAGAAGUAAAUUUUGUAAUCCCACUCGACAUUAUACCAGCAUAUCCUUAUUUACCUAAAUGCUCUCUCUCUCUCUCUCUCUCUCUGUUGUUUUUGUGAAUUUCAAGAAUAAUCUCUAGCAUCUCUCCCAUCAACUUUCUUACAAAAACACAUAUAUAACAUGUAAAGCAACAAAAGUACAUAGUUGCUUGCCCUACUCUAAGAUGAAAUCAUGAUCAGAAAGAAAAACCAUAGUAACCGCGCAUGUCCCUGUAUAAUCAGAGUAAGAAUUUUCGUUGGACACCUUUGUAGUCAUUCAGAUCUAUUGCUCUCAAUCACAUUGAAUGGCAAAUGAGAGAGAGAGAGAGAGAGAAGGGGACCGCAACGCAAACAAAAAGUGUUGAACUUUACACAUGAAUAACGGAAAAUAGACAAUCCAACAAAGGGGUCUCUUUCCAGUUCUGAGGGAAGAAAAUGAGAGAGAGAGAGAGAGAGAGAGAGAGAGAGAGAGAGAGAGAGAGAGAUGAGAUGAUAUCAAAGAUCUUCAUUUCAUUUCAUUCUCAUCCUAAUCAGGAAGGGCCCCAUCAGAAAUCCCUUUGAUUAGAAAGGCAGCCAAUCACACUUGAAAAGUUAGGAUGAACUCUCCAAGCCCAGCCAAUGAAACAACAGAUAAGCCUCCUUAGUGGGGUCCCAAAACUAAACCCCCCUUAUUUAUGCCAUCCGAAGGCUCCCAAAAGGCAAAAGUGCCCCAACAAAAGCCCUACUACUGCAUAUUACUGCCCUUGCUCUGUAAAAGUGCACACAGUGGGCCUCGCCCCAACCCACAAUAAUUCCACCAGUCCCUAAAUAAAUUGAAAACUAGAUAUUUUCCCUAAACCCAUUUUCCACUGUUCCUUGCCAAUCCUAAAUUUUGUCAAUGGCUUCCACUAAAAAACUGGCCAACGCCGUAGGCGGCAAAACGGCCCGAGCCUGCGACAGCUGCUUACGGCGGCGAGCGAGGUUGUACUGCACCGCCGACGACGCUUUCUUGUGCCAAGCUUGCGACGCUUCGGUCCACUCGGCCAACUCCUUGGCUAGUAGACACGAAAGGGUUCGCCUCAAAACUUCAUCUUUCAAAUCCUCCGAGGAGCCCUCUAAUAAUUUGAAAAAUUUUGCUCCGUCAUGGCACCAAGGUUUCACCAGAAAGGCUCGGACGCCGCGACACGGAAAGCAGCCGUCGAGUAGACAAUUAAAAUCCGAAGAACCGAUACGAAAUUCACACGUUCUUGUUCCGGAGUUGGCAAGCGGAGAGACUUCGAACGAAGAAAACGAGGAACAGCUUCUUUAUAGGGUUCCGACAUUCGAUCCGUUUGUUGCAAGUGAUUCAAAAGAUAAGUCGCCAGCCGAGAUUGGUGGAAGUAGUCUACAUGGGUUCCUUCCUUCCGAAAUGGAGCUGGCAGAGUUCGCAGCGAAUGUGGAGAGCUUGCUGGGGAAGGGUCUCGACGAAGAGUCCUUCAAUAUGGAAGCACUGGGGCUGUUGGAUUGCAAAGAGAAGGGUCCGGUGGAGGCCUCUUUAGACGGUGGAAGAGUCAAGGUUGAAGAUGAGGAAGACAUGAUCAAUUCUGCCAUGGACGAUAUUCAUGUUGAUGGAGAUAUAGACAUGUCAAGAGAGACAUUUGAGUUCAAUUUUGAUUACGGGUCUCCAGCGGCGUGGGAGGAGGAAGAGAACAGGGUUAUUGGAUGUGAGGGAGCAAUUACGGAGGAGAGCGAAGAGAACAAAGCCGACGAAGGGAGGAAGACGAGGAGGGAGAUACUGCUGCGACUUGACUAUCAAGCUAUCAUUACGGCGUGGGACAACCAGAGGUCUCCGUGGACUACCGGCGACCGACCGGAACUCACUCCUAGUGAUUGUUGGCCCGAGUAUAUGGGUGGGUGUAGAACUGUGCAUAAUUACCAGAAUGGAGAAAUGGGAACAGUGAUAGGAGGAGGGGGACCAAGUGGGAUGGGGGAUGGAGGAAGAGAAGCGAGAGUGUCGAGGUACAGAGAGAAGCGGAGGACGAGGCUGUUUUCGAAGAAAAUAAGGUAUGAAGUUCGGAAAUUGAAUGCAGAGAAGAGGCCCAGAAUGAAGGGGAGGUUCGUUAAGAGAGCAAAUUUUGCAGCUUCGCCUGUUUUUCCAUUGCUCAACAAUAAAUGAUAAUAUUAAUGCUUAGGUUUUGUAUUGCUGAAGAUGCUUUACUAGGCCCCUUCAUAUGAUCAUAUAUAUAUACAUAUAAAUGUAUAUGAUGACAUGGGUCUGUCGUCUGUGCAUAUCGAAGUAAAUAAAAUCGAUCUAAGCCGGAAAAGUCACUUGAUACCA